UCUCACCUUGACACUGAGACAAAAUCUGAACAACAAAUCCAGAAUCUGACUCUUCCAAUCAAGAAUAUCUUUGCAUGUUCACUGUUGAGCACUUAUGUCUAUACUUAUGCCUAUACCUAUGACUAGAGGAAACAAGACAAGAGUAAGUGAGUUUAUCCUCAUGAGCUUCUCUUCCCUACCUACUGAAAUACAGUCAUUACUCUUCAUGACAUUUCUGAUCGUUUAUCUCAUCACUCUGUUGGGAAACAGCUUCAUCAUUAUGGUUACCUUGACUGACUCGAUGCCGCAUAAUCCCAUGUACUUCUUCCUCAGGAAUUUGUCCUUCUUGGAGAUUGGCUUCAACCUAGUCAUUGUACCCAAGAUGCUGGGAACCCUGCUUGCCCAGGACACAACCAUCUCCUUCCUUGGCUGUGCUACUCAGAUGUCCUUCUUCUUCUUCUUUGGGGUGGGUGAAUGUGCCCUCCUGGCCACCAUGGCCUAUGACCGCUAUGUAGCCAUCUGCAACCCUCUGCACUACCCAAUCAUCAUGAACCAAAGGACCUGUGCCAAUAUGGUUGCAGCCUCCUGGUUUCCAGGUUUUCCAGCAGGUAUUGUGCAGACCAUGUGGCUCUUCAGCUUUCCGUUCUGCGGCACCAACAAGGUCAACCACUUCUUCUGUGACAGCCCAACUGUGCUGAGGCUGGUCUGUGCAAACACAGCAAUGUUUGAGAUCUAUGCCAUCAUCAGAACUAUUCUGUUUGUCAUGGUACCCUGCAUGCUGAUCCUGUGUUCCUACACUCACAUAGCUGCUGCCAUCCUCAAGAUUCCAUCAGCAAAAGGAAAGCGAAAAGCCUUUUCUACCUGCUCUUCCCACCUCCUUGUUGUCUCCCUUUUCUGUGUAUCCUUAAGCCUCACCUAUUUUCGACCUAAGUCUAAUAAUUCCCCUAACAGCAAGAAGCUCCUCUCAUUGUCCUACACUGUUGUGACUUCCAUGUUGAACCCCAUCAUCUAUAGCCUGAGAAAUAAUGAGGUGAAAAAUGCCCUCAGCUGGAGCUUUCACAAGGUCCGACGCCUCAGCUAAUGUAUACCACAGACAUAAAAAAUGUAAGGCUAGGUUCUACUUACUGCGGAACAAUCAGUUUUACGUUU